GUAUUUGAGAUGCGUUCACAGCUGCCUGAGUGAGUGAGUACCACAAACUGGCAGCCGAACCAAAGACAUGUGUGGAAUCUUCGCCUAUCUCAACUAUCAUGUGCCAAGGACUCGACGGGAGAUCCUUGAAAUCCUUCUCAAAGGCCUGCGGCGUCUGGAGUACCGAGGCUAUGACUCUGCCGGUGUGGGCAUUGAUGGCGGUAAUAGCAAAGAGUGGGAGACCAAUGUCAAGGCCAUCCAACUGAUCAAACAGCGUGGAAAAGUGAAGGCUCUGGAUGAGGAGAUUCACAAACAGCAAGAUCUGGACCUCGAGGUGGAAUUGGAUGUUCACCUCGGCAUUGCUCACACCCGCUGGGCUACCCACGGAGAACCGAGCCCGGUCAAUAGCCACCCACACAGAUCAGACAAGACCAACGAGUUCAUUGUCAUUCACAAUGGAAUUAUCACCAACUAUAAAGAUCUCAGGAAAUUCCUGAAUAGCAAAGGCUACGAGUUUGAGUCGGAGACCGACACAGAGUCCAUUGCCAAGCUGGUGAAGUACAUGUACGACAACCGGGAGAGUGAUGACAUCAGUUUUGCCACUCUGGUGGAAAGGGUAACACAGCAACUGGAAGGCGCUUUCGCUCUGGUCUUUAAGAGUGUUCAUUAUCCUUCCGAGGCAGUUGUCACAAGGAGGGGAAGUCCUCUUCUGAUUGGUGUGCGAAGUGACCACAAGCUCUCAACAGAUCAUAUUCCUGUGGUCUAUCGCUCAUCUGGCAAAGAGAAGAAGAGUUGCAGUUCCCUCCCCAGAGUGGACCAGGACACAUGCCUGUUCCCCGUGGAUGAGAAAGCGGUUGAGUACUACUUUGCUUCUGAUGCAAGUGCAGUUAUAGAGCACACAAAUCGGGUGAUCUUCCUAGAGGAUGAUGACGUGGCUGCUGUGACCGAGGGAAGGCUGUCCAUCCACAGGAUAAGACGCCGAGCCGGAGACUACCCUGCCCGCGCUAUCCAGACCCUUCAGAUGGAGCUGGAGCAAAUCAUGAAAGGCAACUUCAGCUCCUUCAUGCAGAAGGAAAUCUUUGAGCAGCCAGAAUCUGUGGUCAACACCAUGAGAGGAAGAGUGAACUUUGAUGACAACACAGUGACCUUGGGUGGACUGAAGGACCACAUCAAAGAGAUCCAGAGAUGUCGGCGCCUGAUCCUUAUUGCAUGUGGCACCAGCUACCAUGCCGGCGUCGCAACCCGGCAGGUCCUGGAGGAGCUAACAGAGCUGCCUGUGAUGGUGGAGCUGGCCAGCGAUUUCCUGGACCGGAACACACCCGUCUUCCGAGAUGAUGUCUGCUUCUUUAUUAGCCAGUCAGGGGAGACGGCUGACAGCCUCAUGGCCCUGCGCUACUGUAAGGAAAGAGGGGCUCUGACUGUGGGCAUCACCAACACAGUGGGCAGCUCCAUCUCUCGGGAGACCGACUGUGGAGUCCACAUCAAUGCCGGACCUGAGAUCGGAGUGGCCAGUACAAAGGCCUAUACAAGCCAGUUUGUGGCCCUGAUCAUGUUUGCGCUGAUGAUGUGCGACGACAGGAUUUCCAUGCAGCCAAGACGUCGUGAGAUCAUCCAGUCCUUGAGGGUUCUUCCGGAUCUGAUCAAGGAGGUCCUCAGUUUGGAUGAUGAGAUCCAGAAGCUAGCGACAGAACUGUACCAGCAGAAGAGUGUCCUGAUCAUGGGCAGAGGGUACCAUUAUGCUACAUCUCUAGAAGGAGCUCUGAAAAUCAAGGAGAUCACAUACAUGCACUCUGAGGGCAUCCUGGCUGGUGAGUUGAAACAUGGACCUCUGGCUCUCGUGGACAAUCUCAUGCCAGUCAUCAUGAUCAUCAUGAAAGACCACACGUACACCAAAUGUCAGAACGCCCUGCAGCAAGUCGUCGCCCGCCAGGGCCGCCCGAUCGUGAUCUGCGACAGAGACGAUUACGAGAGCAUCAGCAACUCGUGCCGCACCAUCAAGGUGCCUCACUGCGUGGACUGCCUGCAGGGCAUCCUGAGCGUCAUCCCCCUGCAGCUGCUUUCCUUCCAUCUGGCCGUGCUCCGAGGCUACGACGUGGACUGUCCAAGGAACCUGGCCAAGUCGGUGACAGUGGAGUGAUAGGCCCAUUCGUCACCUUACACACAGCAGGCCGGAGGACACGCGUUCGGCGAGGGAACGAAGAACAACGUGUCCCGUUUUGUACGUCCUCUUUAAUGCAUUUUACUCAUAUCUGGCUGUUGCAUCUCACUGUAUCUCCCUGUUGGACUUAUUAAUGUUGUUGUAGACUGGUGGCUGUAUGGUCUGGGCUGGCACUCUCGUUAUCCUCUCUGUUCUGACUUUGUGCACCAGUGACAUCCAAAAGAAGCUUCUUAGUUCUUAACGCGCAGUGAGCCAUUGCAAUUUAGUUCAUUUCACUGAGAGCAUGUUGGAGCCGACGUUACUGACCCAUGGAAGUUUGAACAAUAUUUUGCCUCUCUUCUUAUUUGUGCGUUCAUUUGUAAUUGGUGUCUUUCUUUCCAUUUGGCAGCUAAACAUUUGAAGUAUCAAAUUAGGAGUCAUAAAUGCUAUCACUUUGACCCUGUUGGAUUUAUGUGCACACAAUUUAUUGAAGUCGCAGCAUUCCGUGCGAGCGUGUGCUGUAGCGUCAUGGUCAAAUUUUCUUUAUUUAUUCUCUUUUGUUUUAUUUUGUUUUUUUGUAAAUCACAUAGUUAUAAAUCUUUGUUGACUGAUCCUCGUUCAUACACAAGAACAAGACUUGGGUCUCUACUUUGGUUUACACUACACAAUGACAUGAUACCAGUGAGAUGAAGUUACUGCCAGCCCACACCCAUCCAUCAUGACUACUGCAAAUGCAAUAUUGGGACCAUCUGUAGCUAUUAAUUUUAUAUAUUUUUUCAUUUUCUUAAAAGGAAUCUGAAUUUUGUAUUGUUACUCUAUCAUUUGAAAUGUUAUUAGUCCUGUCAAACCUUCCGGUUUUGUGCCGGUGGAAACCAUACACACAAACACAGUGUCAUUGUCAUGGCAGAGUAUCACACUGUAGAUGUUUUCGAGGCAGACAAGAAGCGAGAGUGAUGUAAUUCAUACACGUCUGUGAAGGAGCUGCUAUUGUUGCCAUUUUUAGGUUUGCGUUCGACUUUCGUAUCGCUUCUGCAAUCAAGCCUUAAUCUCAAUUUGUGCAUGUAUCCCCAACAUUGAGGUUUGGUUUGCAUGUCAGGUUUGAAAUCCAUGUUAUAAGAGCAAAACUGUAUUCUUCAAAGUCAUUGAGGUUACCAGGAUUAUGGGCCCACCUGAUGUAAUAGACUCCACUAGUUUCUCCUUAUGUGAGCUCAUUUGUUGAGACGGUCCAACAUGUUUGGAAAGAAAUACUGCCAAUUAUACUCAACAGAUGUAUUCAAAUAAAGACAUAAGAUGUA